AUGCCCUCCCUACGAGGCCUCGGCACGGCCGCCCUCCUGCUCCUGCAGUCGGGCCUCCCCGUGCUGGCCAACAUUCCCAUUCAGCCGGAUAGCAUCGACUCCCUGCGGAGUGCGGGCAUGACCAUCGCCAACCCCAUGAUGAAGUUCUAUGAACAGAACCAGACCGAGGGCAUCCCCGGUAAACUCACCGACACCUGGUACAUCGCCGGCUCCAUGAUGAUGACCUGGAUCCAGUACUGGCACUCGUCCGGCGAGUCCAAGUACAACGACGAGGUCCAGUAUGACCUGAUGUUCCAGGCGGGUGAGAAUUAUGACUACUUUUCUGCCAACUACUCCCAGUGGCUGGGAAAUGAUGACCAAAUGUUCUGGGGUCUGGCCGCCAUCACCGCCUCCGAAACGGGCUUCCCCGAGGUCAGCGGCAAGCCCACCUGGACGUCGCUGGCCCGUGCCGUCUUCCAGAUGCAGGUCGACCGCUGGGAUACCAAGGCCUGCGGUGGUGGUCUCACCUGGCAGAUCUGGCCCUACCAGGCGGGAUACACCAUGAAGAACGCCAUCUCCAAUGGUGGUCUGUUCGAGCUGUCUGCCCGGCUGGCCCGCUUCACCAAGAACGAGACCUACGCCGAGUGGGCGACGAAAAUCUGGGACUGGUCGGCGUCCACGCCGCUGCUCAACACCAAGACCUGGUACAUUGCCGACUCGACGUCGAACGAGAACAACUGUAAGGACGCCGGGCAGUUGCAGUGGACCUACAACUACGGGACGUAUCUGGCGGGGGCUGCCUUUAUGUACAAUUAUACCAACGGCAACGACCAAUGGCUCGAGCGCGUCAACGGCCUGCUCGACUCCACCAUCAGCAAGUUCUACCCCAAGAAAUUCGGCGGCAACGUCAUGUCCGAGGUCAGCUGCGAGGGCCCGAUGACCUGCGAUCGCAACCAGCUCGGCUUCAAGGGCUAUCUGUCCAUGUGGAUGGCCAUGACGGCCAUUCUGGUGCCGUCUACCGCGGAGAAGAUCACCCCCCUGCUGAUGGGCAACUCGGAGCACCUGUCCAAGCAGUGCUCCGGCGAGUCCGACAACCUCUGCGGCGUGCGCUGGUACCAGGACACCUGGGACGGCAUCCAGGGGCUGGAGGUGCAGAUGGCCGCGCUGGGCGGCAUCACCGCCAACAUGAUGGUGCUGAAUGAGGCGCAGAUCAAGACAAUUGAUACCAACCCCAACGCGGACGAGCACCACAUCGACACCAACGAGGGGCAGAGCCCGGAUACGCUGGCGCCGAUCCAGACGGGGGACCGAGCCGGGGCGUGGAUUCUGACCGUGCUGUUGAUUUUGGGGAUUCCGGAUCCGAUCGACGUCAGCGCCAAGCGCAACACGAGCUCUUGGCAGCCUCAGCUCAUCUGCUUUACCAUUCCUCAUGAUGUUGAUACCCAUCGUGACAGACACUGUCGAGAUAGCCACAUACAAUGCCCGGAGUCCCAUCCAGCCGCGGCUGCGAAGCCUGCCGCCGAGCAAAGAAAAAGGUCCGUUCCCGGUCUUGCGGCGGACAGCCCUGACAGACAGCAGUGCGACCAACUCCAACCAUCAUGUAGUCGGUGCAUCCGUCUCCAGCUGGCGUGCGUCGGCUCCGGCCAGCGUCGAUACAAAUUCAAGGAGGAAAGAAUCGCCUCGCGGGCGACCAAGCCCACUCCUGCGCAACAGCUCGCGGCCAGGAAUAGUCCCGAGCGGAUCCCCAGUAACGAUGCGCUGGAGAUGGCCGGCUCACUGAUCGCCCUGCUCAAAGUGCAGGAUGUCCGGUACGACCUGUCGUACUAUGGGCUUUUUUUCAGCCAGAUCCCCAAAUAUGUCGGCACGAGUCGGGCGCUGGACGCAUCGAUCGGCGCGCUGGUCGCCGUGUUCCCGGUGCUGUAUACGACGGAGGUGUCGCGGGACGCCCUUGUGCAGUAUGGGAAUGCGUUGAAGACGCUGCGGGCGACGCUGCAGGACCCGACGGAGAGUCGGACGGUCGGGACGAUGUGUGCCAUUUACCUGAUAAUGGUUUGCGAGGGCUGGAUCUCCACCCCCGACGACCCGCACGUCGGCCACGGCAUAGCCAUGAUGCACAUGUUGAACAGCAUGGUCGUCCAGCCGAACAUCGGCUCCUUCGAGCGCGACCUGAUGUACACCCUCGCCAUCCCCGUCAUCAUCCACAGCACCUUCACCCCGACCAUCAGCCUCUCCCCCUGGCUGGAGACACUCACCACCCGCUUCGAACCCCCCAACCGCGUCGUCCUCGACGACGGCGCCCCCUUCUCAACCCUGAACCUGCGCUCGCUCAGCCGACUCCCAGCCUUCGUAACCCACCCGCAGGAUCACUACAUCGAGAUCCUCUCGACCUACGAGCGCAUGCGCGCCGACUUUCGCCGCAUCGAGGCGUGUCUGCGCGCCCUCGCAGCGGACCCGUCCUCGGUGCGGGUGUUUAGUCGCUUCCAGGCGGCGUACUGCAUGCUCCUCAGCAUGGCGUUCGUGCUGAACCGCGUGCUGCGUGCGUUUAAUCCGCGGAAUAAGGCGCUGGUGGAGCAGGCGACGGGGAUCUUUGAUGCUGUGAUGAGGAUUGCGAGGGAAGCGGCGCCGAUGAAACCUGUCGGGGCGUGUUUUGUGCCGCCGUGUCUGUUUUGUUUGUGGUUGUGUGCGACGGAUAAAGGACAGUUGGACGAGGUGCAGCGCCUGUUGGCGGAGUAUCGGCCGCUGUAUCCGGUUGCGAAGAUGGAGGCGUGGGCGGGGCCGUUGCGGGGGGGAUUUGAGAGGAGGUUGGGUGUUAUUUCUUUGUCAUGA